AUCUAUAUAAAUAUCUUCAGCAGGGCAUAACUGCAGAACAAGAAUACAGCUCAAUUCACUUCUAUAUACAUCUAUCUCUUUCUGUUAACAAAUUUUCAGCACACAGUUUUGUUGUUUUAUAUACUUUGUUAGGUUUUGGAUCGAUAAGUUUCGUAGUGUCACAAGGAAAAGGACCAUUUCUUGACUUAAAAGCUCGAAUAUUGCAGCCCGGAAAAAUUCCCUGAUCCUUUGAACAAGUUACCAUUUCUUCUUCUUAUCCAACACCCAAAAGAAAGAUGCCCUUGAAUGUCUUUUUCUAGCUGGAAUCUUCACAACACAAUAUUAGCUUCACCUCAAAACACGAGGGGAACCGAAAACAUCAAAAAAUUUCUCUUUUGUCUGUGAAAAAUCUCCGAAAAAAAUGGUUCAUGCACGCCGCCUUCUUGUUGGUGCUGAGCAAAGCAUGGCACCAGCCAGUGGCAAUUAUACUGAACAAAAGCAUUACAUCAACGAGGUGAAAUUCGACACGAAUAUGGUGGUGAUACUGGCUGUUUUACUAUGUGCGCUAUUAUGUGCGCUGGGACUGAACUCAAUUAUUCGUUUCGUGCUACGUUGUACUCAUAGGUUUGGCACUGAGACACCGCAACAAGCUGCAGCUCGGCUGGCUACUACAGGAGUAAAAAAGCGGACUCUCAGAAAAAUUCCGAUAGCAAUUUAUGGAUCAGAAGUGAAGUUAUCAGCCACCGAGUGUCCUAUUUGUCUAGCGGAAUUUUUAGAAGGAGAGAAAGUUCGAGUUCUGCCAAAGUGCAACCACGGUUUUCAUGUCAAGUGCAUAGACACUUGGCUGGAGUCCCAUUCAUCGUGCCCGAAUUGUCGUCAUUCGUUGCUUGAGCGUUCAACGUCGCGUGUUGCUGAUGAAAGUUCUGUGGUCCAGCCUCCGGAAAAUAACAGCUCCGGCCAGCAGCAACCUAGUGCUCUUACUGUAGUGACACAAGUAUAAGGAUUUAACGUGUGUGACAACAUUAUAUAUAAGUAAUCUAGACACUUGAGUUGAGUGUAGGAGUUCAAUUGUUCAAAGCCUCAAUGAAAAUUAAUUGUGGCUGUUUCAGAUGACAUAGUAGUGCAGAGGAGGAUCAUAGUGUCUUGAUUAAUAAUAUCAACACGAGAUUAUUUCACUCCA